AUGAAUUUGGUGGAGCUCACUGUGCUCCCAUGUGAAGAAAGGAGACCUAAAAGAAACCCACUGAUUCAAUUAAAAGUGGAUUAUCCAAGUCUAGAGGGGUACGAACAGAUACACGGUCUUGAGUUUGUCCUUCCCACUCUGGUCUACCAAUUUGUCCCCUCACUCAUUCUUAAAAUCUUCAAGUUACAUAAUCAAAUUUCAGACAUCUGCCUGGCAAGGUGUAGUUUCUCUGUAAGUCGUUUUGAAGCUCCAGUACUUUGCACACCUGAUACGAAGAGCCGACUCUUUAGAAAAGACCCUGAUGCUGGGAAAGAUUGA